AAAUAAAGUCGGCAACAAGAAAAGUUUGUUACGUGUAUAGUAUUUUCUUUUCUGUUAGACUAUAUUAAUCCGAAACAUAAGAUAUAAUGGUUCCUCCAGCUGAAAUCCGUAGAAAGUUAGUCAUUGUUGGUGAUGGUGCUUGUGGUAAGACAUGUUUAUUGAUUGUCUUCUCCAAGGGUACUUUCCCAGAAGUUUAUGUCCCAACUGUUUUCGAAAACUACGUUGCUGAUGUUCAUGUUGAUGGUAGAAAGGUUGAAUUGGCCUUAUGGGAUACUGCCGGUCAAGAAGAUUACGAUAGAUUGAGACCUUUAUCUUACCCAGAUUCUAACGUUAUUUUGAUUUGUUUCUCAGUUGACUCACCUGAUUCUCUUGAUAACGUUCAAGAAAAAUGGAUUUCUGAAGUUUUGCAUUUCUGUCAAGGUGUUCCAAUUAUUUUGGUUGGAUGUAAGUCUGAUUUGAGAUUUGACAACAACACCAUCGAACAAUUGAGACAACAACAACAACAACCAGUCACUGCUGCUGAUGGACAAGCUGUUGCACAAAAGAUUGGUGCUUCCAACUAUUUGGAAUGUUCUGCUAGAACUGGUGAAGGUGUCAGAGAAGUUUUCGCUGCUGCCACUAGAGCUUCUUUAAGAACUAAGGAAAAGAAGGAAAAGAAGAAGAAGUGUGUUGUAUUGUAAUCUGCAUGUGUUUAAUUUUAAGAAUGAGAUGAUGAUGAAGGGAGUUAAAGAGGGGAAAGUAUUUGGAUUGAAGGGGUUUUAAUGAUGUUCUAGAAAAUAAAUGGAAUUAGAAAGGAAAUUUAAAAAAAAAAGAAGACAAAUAAAGAAAUAACGUCACUAAUGCCAGAUUAACUAUGAUUGUUUUGUAUUUUGUAUUGAUUUUUUUUUUCAACUUUCCUUUUCCUUUAAUCUCCUUUUCUCAUUCGUCUUGUUUUACAUCACAUUUUGAAGGUGUGCUACUUCUUUCAAUUACAGAAGAAUGGGGUAUGAUAUUACAGCCUUCUGAAUGUACACACAUGAGUCUAUUGUAAGCAAUGGGCGAUCUUUAUUUCUUUUUUAUAUUACCGACCUAUUAUUUUGGUUAUUAGUUUCUAUAUAUAGUAUUAAUACAUAUAUAUUAUUAUUA